CGUCUCCUGUCCGGACUCCACACGGUUCUCCUCCUGUUCUCCUCCUGUUCUCCUCCUGUCUCUUCAUCCUCCGAAGGCUCUCAUCUUGUUCCGCAGCUCCGGUUCUGUUCGGGUUGUUCGAGGAGCCGCAGAACAGAACCGAGGGUGACAAUGGGCUGUUUGACAGCAGCGUGACGCGUUUGAGGCUUUAUUUUUAUUUUAUUUUAAUUAUUUUUUUCURGAUUUCUGCGGAAUGGAUUCGUCUCCAGUCGACUCCAGAGGCUGACUGGGCACACUGGYCACACUGGGCACUUUGUGUGGGAGUGAUGGUCGACCUGCGGCUCUGUGCUCACCUCUCUCCUCCCAUCAGCCGCAGCUCUAAUUGGAGCAUCUUUAAUUGGACAUCCUGACUCACGCCGCCGCCGCCGCUGGAUGCUUUUGUUCUGGUUCUGCUCACCUGCGUUUGUUGAAACCAGCUCCUCCCUUUAUUUCUUUAUAUUUUAAUCAUUUUUCUUGGAGAUUGGAAGGAUGCCGGUGAACGCGCUGCCCAGCGGCCCGGGCUCCCUGAGCCCCGCGUCGCUGUCCCGCAGCCUGUCCCGACUGAGGGAGUACCGCACACGGACCAGGAUCAUGCUGGCCCUGGGGGUCUCUCAYAUGGUCCUGGGGAGUCUGAUCCUGGCGGUCAGCUUCGCGGCUCUGGCUCUCACCACUUCCCCCAGAGUCCGGCACUCCUGUCCGUUCUGGGCAGGUUUCUCUGUUCUGCUCUCCGGACUCAUCGGUGUGGUGUCAUGGAAGAGGCCGCUGUCGCUCGUGAUCACAUUCUUCAUGCUGUUGUCUGCCGUCUGCGUGAUGCUCAACCUGGCCGGCUCCAUCCUCUCCUGCCAGAACGCUCAGCUCGUCAACUCUCUGGAGGACUGUCAGCUGUGCGGAUGUGUGUUCCCCCCUCCUCACCCCCAGAUCAAGUUCGACAGCGACGGGGUGUGCGUGUGCUGCGAGCUGCAGAAGCAGAGCUCCAGCUGCAGCAACCUGGGCGAGACGCUGAAACUGAACCCGCUGCGGGACUGCAACACCAUACGGCUGCGCCUCAAGGAGCUGCUGUUCAGCGUCUGCGCUCUGAACGUCAUCUCCACCAUCGUGUGCGCUCUCGCCACCGCCAUGUGCUGUAUGCAGAUGGUGUCGACCGAUGUGCUGCAGAUGUUCAUGCCYCACAGAGCUCGAGCCUUAAACGCGGAGUGCAUGACUCCCCACGGAACCAUCCUCCAUCAAACACUGGACUUCGAUGAGUUCAUCCCCCCCAUCCCUCCCCCUCCGUACUACCCCCCAGAGUACACCUGCACCCCAUCAAUGGAUGGACAAAGAGGUCUACAUCUGGACUUCCCCCACUCCCCCUUCAGUGCCAUCUACGGGGUGCCUAUCAACAGCCCAGGAACCCUUUAUCCCACUGACCUGCCCCCUCCGUACGAGUCUGUGGUGGGUCAGACCCCUGCCAGCCAGGUGACCACCAGCAUCGAACAGCAGGCCACUGAGUCCAGUCUGUGUGAGAGAAACACCACUGCAGGGCUCAGCACGCAGGCCUCAGUGGACAGCGCGUCCCUGAUGGUGUCAGAGGUGGUAGACCAGGACCAGACCUGCUCCUCGGAGGACCUGUGCUCCCUGGAGGUCCAGGGUUCUGACUCCUCUCCCUUCGGCACGAUGCAGACGGCCCGCACCGACGGGAGCUGCACCAGUUUGGAGCUCUACACCCGCGUCUCCUCUCGCUCCCUCCGUGGUCUGCCCAACGCCGACGCCCYCCCCAGCGACACCGGUUACAGCGAGUCCUCACACACCCAGGACUCGCUGGAACGCUCACCGGACUGGUCCUCAGAGAACUUUAGCAACCUGGACCAGGAAGACUCAGCAGAGAACACGCAUCCCUGCGAGGAACUCAGGGCCGCCCUGCACAUUUGUGACGAGCUGGCCUCGGCCAAACAUUUACCGGAGGAGCCGGCGAAGGCGCCGACACAUUCUCUUAUUAAAGCGCGGAUGAUGAGCAGGAAGCUCACCCUUCCGGUCGUGAUCCCCCCACCGCCGCAGCCUUGCUCCCCCACCUCUGUGGCCUCUUCUGGUGGAACUUCAGCCAUCAGCCCCUUGGCUCCCUCCCCUUCUCCGUCCCCCCCUGCCAGGCCGCGGGGCGCCAGGCUGUGCUUCAGCGUUUGGUCGCCGUCUUCAUCAUCGCAGCCCCCAGCUACCUCAGCCCCGAGCAGCCAGUCCCCCUCAGAGAGGCCUCGGACCCUCAGAGCAGCCAGGAGGUACCGCAAACUGGCACGCAUCGUCCGCUCCACCAGCGACCCCAUCUCCUGCUCCACCACCACAGGAAGACAAAAUUGUGUUUGCAGCUCUGGAAAUAAUCCAGCUGCUGAAAGUUUGACUCGUGUAACUCCAGAACACGAGCCAAGAGACAUCUCAGCAGAAGUAGUCGGGCCCAAACCCACUCGUGCGCCCUUCGCAAAGCAGCAGAAGGACGGCAGGAAACCUGAUGUCCACCUCAAACCCCGACCGCCGUACACACACUCCCCACACGAGCGCCCGCACUCGCUGGCCGACCUGAAGAUGUACAAAGACACGAAAAUAUUAGUGGCCAAAUUCCUGGAGCACUCCAGUUGCAGUCUACCUCCUGAAGUCCAGCAGGUUGUCAACAACAUCAAGUGUGUCAUUAAAUCCGACGAGAAACACAUGGAGGAGGCCAUCUUCAGUGCCAACGUCAUCGAUCAAAUGAUGAUUCAGCACAUCAUCGGCGGGCCCAGGAACCGCGACCACGGGGACCUUCAUCUGCAGAGCUGCGGCGCUUUGAGCUCGUCCCCGUCCACGAGCCGUUCAAAACACCUGCCCCAGAAACACAGCUCCUCCGCCGACCCACGGGCCUCCCCCUGCUCCGAACGCAGCCUCGAGUGCAAAGAGACGAUUCUCUGACCACUCUCCCAACAAGGACUGGGGUCAAACCUCCAGGGGUUCUCUGGUGGUCCUGUGCAGCUGAUGUCUGUAAAGACGCUCCUCAGACCUGAUGGGACUGUGUCUCYUUCAGUGCGACUGCAGACUGAAAUGCUGUCGCGCUUCUCGUAUAGUGCCCUGUGAGACCGUGCCAAGGCAUCAGCAGAAAUGGUAGCAAACUCUGACGGAGCCUGCCAGCAUCUGCGGUGGCUUCUCUCUCAUCAGAAACAACCAGAAGAAUGUGUUCUCCUUCAGGGGAUUGCUUUUUGUUGGUUUUCUUUUUACUGAGUUUCAUCUCUUUUAUUAAAAGAAACAACGCACAGCUGGUAAGUUUGGAUGUCAGUGAUGGAAAGACAAAGAAAACACCAUUAUGUUUUUUUUCCUCUUGUCCUCAUGAGAAACAAAGAAAAAUGUUUGCAUUAAACUGUGAACUGAACCAGCGGGGCUUUCUUUGCCAUUGUUUGCAGACUUUGUGGAAUUGUUCUUGAUAAGGUGGUGAGUAUUUUGUGGUUCAGUAACAACACAAAUGUGGAUAAAUUGACUUACCUCAUUGUGUUACAAUUCUUUUCAGUGUUACAAUAAAAAAAAUAUGCAUUUGUA